AUGGAAGCCUGGCACUUGAAGUCAACGCCCGACGACCUCCUCGCAUACCCCGUCGCAGCGCUCAACGUCACGACUAAGAGGUGGCGGCUACAGCCAUUCCCGCCCAAUCUCGUAGGCAUCAAGGGAUCCUGGGACCGCGGGAACGCUACCAAAGACUGGCCUAAUGACACUAUAGUCUACCCCUGUGGUGGCUCUCUCUGUGAAUGGACCCAGCCCUGCGAAAACUUCUCAUGUGCCAUCACCAUUGAAGGCAUCGGUGCCACCACAGUCGGGCCAGCACACUCAAACAUCGUCGGCCUCACCCACGGUCUCAUCGUCUUAUUCAUUUUUCUCAUCACCACGUUUCUGGUCAUGGGCUGCCAUCACUCGGUCCCCAGCCGACCGUCUAGCCGUAAUGCUCACCGGCAAAACACUGAGGAUGACCGCCCCCGACCAGCCGAAGAGGCCAUCGGGUUGGAGUCACGACUGCCACGCCAGCCGCUGCGACAUCCCCGGCCCUCAGCCCUCAAGAACGACAGCUCCAUCAACAAAUACUACAAGGCGCCAGAGCGGCAACCGACCCAGCGACCCGUCGAAAUUAGCUGGGAGUUAGCAGCAAAGCCGUACAGGAGGUCAGGGUCUUCCUCGCGUGACGACCAACGGCACUGGGCCGAAGAAACGCGGCAGAAGGGUCGCCAGAUAGAACGUUGCAUGGCCCUACUGCGUGAAAUGUACGCCUUGGACUUACAGGUUUGGUCAAUGGAGGACGUUGCACUGCGCGACGGGGAUAGAGAGGUCCGGGUUCGUUUAUGGGGGCGGGUAGAACGCAUCUUCCUGGAGGUGGCGGAUGUGGUGGCCAGUUGGAGGAAUGAAGGAGCACGGGAAGUACCUGGGCUGAGUUAUUGGAGCGACGAAGAGAAGAGAGUUAUUGAUGCCAUUUACCAGACUGUCCAGGAGCAUCUUGAGGGCAGGCGUUUGGGUGGACCUGAAGAAACUGAAGAGGAUGGGGUUUCCAAUUUUUGGUCCAAGGAUUAA